AUGGAAAUAAUACACCCUGAAGAGAGAUGGCUAGAAGAAAUGAUCGAGGAAGAUGCAGGAGAUCCUGUACUGAAUAUGCUGUCAGCCAUCGCUACGAACAUUUUGCUCUUCUUCCUCGUCUUUGGGCUUUCUGCGACCGUGGAAGUGAAGAGUUUGAAGAACCAACUUACCAACAAGGCAGCAAUCUUGACGGGAUGCGCCAUGCAGUUUAUCAUUAUGCCCAUGCUUGGAUUUGCCUCGGUUUGCAUGCUGAGAAACUCGGAAGAAUUUACUCAAGCCAUGGGAAUUACGCUGUUGGUGGUCACUGCCAGUCCAGGUGGUUCCUUUUCCAAUUGGUGGUGUUCCUUAUUCAAUGCUGAUCUUGCUCUGUCUGUUGCUAUGACAUCGGUAUCCUCUGUUUUGUCCGUUGGGCUUUUGCCUGCUAACUUGAUACUCUACAGUUGGCUUGCCUUUGUGGUGGUCAUGCCCAACGGGAACGAAGUUAACAUUAUGGAUGCUCUGGACUUGAAAUCCAUCUUUAUCUCGCUCGGAGUGGUAAUGGCUGCCAUUAUCCUUGGUUUGUACGCGGGAUUCGUCUACAGCACACCCAAAUUUCACAAACGGGCCAACAAGUUUGGCUCUAUCUGUGGAUUGCUGCUGAUUCUAUUCUCUGGAUUCCUUGGAUCUGGUGGAGGUGGUGGAGAGGCCAACUUUUGGAGUCUCCACUGGUCCUUUUAUGUUGGAACUGCCUUUCCAUGUGUGGCGGGCAUGCUUUUGGCCAACGUCAUUUCAAGAGGUUUCAAGCUCUCUCUUCCCGAGACGGUUGCCAUUUCGAUUGAAUGCUGCUACCAAAACACUGCCAUUGCUACCAGUGUUGCGGCUACCAUGUUCUCGGAUCCAACCACUCGAACUCAAGCUAUCAGCGUUCCUCUCUUUUAUGGAUUGGUCGAAGCCUUUCUCAUUGGCAUUUAUUGCGUAUGGUCUUGGAAGCUGGGAUGGACCAAGGCACCAGCCGAUGAAAAGUUGUGCGUGGUGAUUACGAACACUUACGAACUGGAAGAUGAUGAUGAUGUCAUUGAAUGGCAAACGGAACCCGUGAAUCCAGGAUGGUUUAAACGUCUCUUUAUUCCAAGACAAACGGAACGAAACAUAGAAGCGCGCAUAUCAGGUGGAGCAACAUGUCUAUCCGCUAACGUUUUGGGGGGCAAAGCGUCACGAAAUCGAAUGGACAGUACUGAUUGCACUGUCGCGACAGCACGCAGUCGUAUCGAUAGCACUGACAACUUGAUCGGCAAUCCUUCGUCCCCAGAGAUUCCGAUUGGAGAUUUGGUACCGCAAGAUACGAUAUCAGAGGAGGGGGAACCCGAAGAUCUUGAUGUGGAAUCCAACGAGAUUAAGGAGGAUCCACCAGCGAACAAUUUGGCUUCACAUGAAGAAGCGCCCAAAACACCACUCUCCCCCGCCAAGUUACUGCGUCGUAUUUCAGGCCAAAGCCAAAACCGAGACGGCUCGUACAAAGCUCUCGACAUGGCUGGUGAACUCAACAGCGCCGAGUUCUUUGUACCAUUAUCACCCCACGUUCACAAAUGUUGA